AUGCCAUCGCUAAUAAAGCGAAGGCGAAUAGAUCAUGGUCUGCCUCCAUUUGAUUGGAAAUUACUUAAAAUUGUAGAAGAGCUCGGUAGUGGCACUUUCGGUUCCGUCCAUUGCGGGACAUAUGGAAAAGACAAGAAGACCGUGGUUAUAAAGAAGCUUAAGAGCGAAUCUGGUGACGCUAAAAGCCGCUUUAUAAAAGAAGCCAAAAUGCUUCUUGGAAUUACGCAUGCAAAUAUACCUGCAUUUCUCGGCUUUUCGGAUAGUCCUUAUGCAAUCAUGAUGGAGUACGUAAUGUUUGACUUCCAACCGUUCGGACUUGAAAAACAAGUUCGAAGAUUUCUGCCAUUUUGUUGAUGAUGAAUGGAACUUUGACUCGUUUGCUGAUGUUCUCGUUGUCUGCGUAAAAGAUGUUGUUAACGCCUUCGAAUAUCUACACAAGCGUGAUAUCGCGCACAGAGAUCUGAAAGCAAACAACGUGUUAAUAACCAACCAGCAUUAUUGCCACAAAGACAAAGAAUCCUUUUCGCACAUUUAUGCAGAAUGUCCGGUUGUUUGCAAGCUGACGGAUUUUGGUUUAAGUAGAUCGCUAGACGCCCAAACGCAAUCGAUUUUACAGUCUCAUACGGAAGAAAUAAUUCGUGGCACACCGGUUUAUAUGGCUCCCGAAAUUCAUCUGGGCAUAUUGAAAAGUGCAAACCAGAUCGACUUAAAAAAAACGGAUAUUUGGUCCCUUGGCAUCCUAGCGUACGCUGUGAUCAACCCAAAUUUAAUAAACCCCUACUAUAAAGAAGCAGAUGCAUUAGGUAGCCCGCUCACUAUGGAGAUCAUGAAAUCCUUCAUGCAAAGCCAAUUAUUUCCCACCCAUGACGCGAAAUACGAGUUACACCGAGUCACACUAUGGUUGCAGAUUGAGGAAAUAUUUAACUCGUGCGCAAAGUUUGACCCGAAUGAAAGGCCAGCAAUUUCUGAAAUUGCACAAGGAUUGAACGUUGAAGAUCCAGAGGAGUCUUUAAUCGUCAAAGGGCUUAAACAUCAGCCAGAACACCGCACUAGAAAACGCCGACUCUGA